AUGUCACCCGAAGGAAGCAUGAGGGCUGGGAUACUGACAGGUUGCCCAAGCCUAGACAGGGGAAGUCGAGAGGCAGAGGUCGGGUUCGAACCGCGGACCUUCCGGCAACUGAAUGUGCUGCACCAGGCCGCCUCAUGUGUCAGUUGUUACGAUAUUCGAAAUAUCGCGAUACACGUAUAUUCGUAUUGCACUACUCAUGAGGUUGCUGAAAAUUCUUCGACAGCCCACGACGACCGGUUUCGCCCUUCUUGGGGCUCACCAGCUGUGGCAUCCUUUCGGUGCUUAACUGUCACGCCACCAGAAGAAAGCACAAGGGCUGGGAUACUGCCAGGUUGUCCAAGCCUAGACAGGGGAAGUCGAGAGGUAGAGGUCCGAUCCGAACAACGGACUUUCCGGAUACCCCUUGGUGAAAGCGCCACCACUGCACUUCAUGGUUACAAAACCAAACAUGGUCUCAUCAAAGAUCCUUUCACCGUGUCGACCAUUACACGCUUGAUUGCGAAAUUUGAGUCCACUGGAUCCGUAUUGGAUUUUCCUGGCAUAGGGAGAAAGUCUCUGAGUGAUGAAAGAGCACCCAUUGUACAGAAUGCCGUCGAGCAACUUCAGUCCCAGAGCACCAUGGCAUCUUCGUCAAUAGCUGAGGCGUCUCAGUUGACCGGCAUUCCCCGCGCCAAAGUGCAUCGUAUUAUGAGACGCCACCAUCAUCUCCACCCGUAUCAUUUCACUUUAUUACAAAACAUCACGGAAGAAGACAAGGAGCACCAUGUCACGUUCGCUAACUGGCUGCUGGACAAUGAAGAAAUCGUUCCCAACAUUUUAUGGAGCGAUGAAGCAAAUUUUUCUGUGGAUGACAUAAUCAACAAGCACAAUUGCGCGAUAUAG